CACUUUUUUGGGGCGUUAGGAUCUCUUUUAACUGGAGUUUCAUUGAUUCAAACCACUUCAGAGGGACAAUGCGAGCGUCUCUCUCGACAAAGCGAUUGAAACAGGAUGUGGUGUCUUUCCAGUGCAGUUUAUAUCCGAACGAUGGUAGUAAGUUGUGAUCGGGGGUAAGGUGUCGCUAAAAGGUGCUGGCGAGCGGAGGGAGGCGCCGCGAGUGACAUUUUCACUCACCUUCCCACCUUACCCUUGCCCGUCACUUUUUCACUAACACUUUGCGCGUCACAGGGCUUCCUGUUAAGGCCCAGAAAGCAGCUGCGGUUGACGAUUGGAAAAUGUCACCGGCCACCCAAACAAAGAGUUAAGGCUAUAAGUAGGCCAGAGAAUGAGCGGCAGAAAGACCGAGAGAACAAAAUGAGAGCAUGCGGAAGGGAAGAAGGACAGUGAGAGAUCAAAGAGAAAGAAAUCUUCCGCUGAAGCCGACGGUCCGGCAGAAGGAGCGAGAAUGUGGCUCUUGUCGGGGAGGCGCUGACGCCUUCGCUUCGCCAAGAAAGUCAGAUCGACUGUGCUGAAGAUGGGGCGGGUACGGCCCUAUUUUGUCGUGGCGGUUCUGUUUUCCCUUCGUUCCUUGGACUGCGCGGCAAACGUGCAAGGAGGGCGAAUUUCAGGGCUCACCUGCGUGAAUGACUUCAUCAACAAUGUCACGUGUACACUCAACAUUUCUUCGGGAGAAAACUGCACGAUAUAUGGCUACAAGAAAAUACGAAUCAAGAAGGAUGUGGGGACACGUUCAGUUCUAAUCAGUCGGAGCUGCAAGGUGAAACAACACCGCAACACACGUCCGGGAUGCAGUUUUGUCUUUGAAAAUACAGAAUUCACCUUUUUCGAGGAGAUGCCAAACAUCAGCAUGAAAUGUAACGGUGGGCUGGUGGAAUACCUCAAAGACUAUGCACCCGGACGUCACAUCAAAAUGCACCCCCCGGGGCUCCCUAAUGUCACCUUCACUGACAAUGACACCACCGUGAUAGAUUGGCAUCCGGGUAGUCCCUGCUCUGUGCUCCUCACGGCGUUUGACUACGAAGUUCAGACGCUAAACAGUGACCCAACGACAAAGGAGAUUCACACAUUUCCCACCAACGAGCCACAAUUAAGGAUCGCUGCCGGGCGGCUGAAAGGCAAGCAUCACGUUCGUGUAAAAGUCAAGCCGACGCAGAGGGAAGGAAGCCAGUGGAGCGAGUGGAGUCCACCUGCAUCCUUGGUCUGGCCGGAAUCAGCAAAUCGAGAAUGGAGUCUGUCUGACAACUUGAUCAUAUUGGCCGUUUUGAUCGUCUGGGUCGCCAUAAUUGUCAUGAUGCUGGUGUUUUACAAAUGCGGCAUCGGAAGCGGAUUCCUCAAAAUGAAGCCAGUUCCAAAUCCUUCAACAUACUUCCAAACUCUCCACGGUGGAAAUCUAAAGAAAUGGCUGAAUCCCAGUUGUGUCGAAUAUUUGCACUUUGCCCAGCCUGUCGAUCACAUCUCCCCCGUGGAGGUGUGUGAAAAGUGGGCCGCGGGUCCUUCCGCCUUCACCCCGCCCAGCUCCACUUGCGCCCCGCAACCUCCGAGCAACAUCGCACCAUCAGCGGGCUCGGAUGAGAUUCCGAAAGACAUGCUCGUGGGCAAUUCGUCCUCAUCCUCGUCGAGUUUCUCGAACUUGGGCUAUUUUGCGUCCGGCUCUUCCAGCAGCUCUGUUAAAACGGAGCCCAACCUCGCCCACUUCGCAUCUAAAGACGAUUUCCACUUCCUGCAUAAGGCACAUCAUCGUAACUUUCACCUUUGCCCCGCUUUGUCCGAGUCUCCGAGCUCCGAGAGCUUCGAGAGAGGAGCGCAAAGCCCCGACUCAGGCUUUUGUGUUGGAAAGGAAGAUGCAGAGGUCGAGGAAGUUAAACAGGGUGCGAAUGGGGAAGAGGUUUCAGGUCAUUGUAGCUCCUCGCCCCGAAGCCUCCCUCUCCAUCUUCCAGCGCAGAUAAGUUGCCCUUCGUCACCUCUCAAUUUGUCUCCGACCUCCUCAGAUAGCGCUCGGACGCACGCGCCUACGCUAGCAGCUAACGUUAGCGCCGCAGGCUGGCCCGUUGCUUGCACAACGUACAGGCCUUCCUCCAUGCCAGUGGAGUCGUGCAAAGCGGGUUAUUUCGUCCUACAAGAGAUACAAACUACUUUUAGCAACGCGUCCAUCUGAGAUGGAUCCGUUUUUUUCUUUGCUGCUUAAAAAUCACGAUGAACUAGAGCACUCGGUAGAGCGCGGACACCUCCACAGCAUCGUCGCUGUGUGAACAAAAGUGGGCCGAAAACACUGCUUUUGUACACACGACCAUUGUGCACCCCUGGGGGGUGUCGGGUAUAAAAUGAAAAAUGUGAGAGAUGAAAACAGUUUUGCUCCGUCGUACUCGCAUGGAACGGACACAAAUUUGUAGAAAACUGCAAAGUUGUUUCCGUCAUGUACAUUCCAAUCAUCCCAAGCCAUGCAAGAUGUGAGCUGCUGCUUUGAGCCAUAAAAGUAAAUAGUCAGUCAUGAAUGGCUUGUAAACCAGCGUUGAAGGGCUCUGCAGCUGUGAAAAUAAAAGAUGCUUUAGACGGGUGACUGUUCAUGUUUUUACUUGCUUGUAUGGCCUCAAAAAUGUUUUCUCUUUUUUUUGUUUUUUUGUCUUCAUUUGUGGUUUGUUUGUGUGUGAGAAUUAUUAUUGCCCUCGUCUGAAAAACGCGCGGCACAUUUCCAGUGUUCUCUGUGUGCUGCGACCAAACAAUACAGCUCGAAAAUAAAUAAAUAAAUAAAAUAAAUGGGUCA